CUUUUGCAAGUUAUUACCUAGGCAAAUUCCCACUUGCCCCUCGCGGGCGCAGCUUGAAGAGGCCCCUGGGACUGUGAUGCUGCCUGAGAAUCUUCGCUUUCAGCAGUAGGGUAGCCCCCAAAGGCAGCUGGCGCUUCGCACGCACCCCACUUUUCCCCAUCUCCUCCCCCGGCACUGUCCUCAGCUGCCCUCGACCUUUCGCACUCGUGACUGCCUGGCUAGGGAGCCUGGCCGACUGCAGCAGAGUUCUGAUCUCCUGCAGCCUCUUCUUGCCCCGAGCUGCCCAGGCCUUGGCGCCUGAGGCUGGCUUACCUCCCAGCCGUUCCUUCAUGGGCUUUGCUGCCCCCUUCACCAACAAGCGAAAGGCUUACUCGGAGCGUAGGAUCAUGGGGUACUCAAUGCAGGAGAUGUACGAGGUGGUAGCCAAUGUCCAGGAGUAUCGUGAAUUUGUGCCCUGGUGUAAGAAGUCUUUGGUGGUCUCCAGCCGCAAAGGUCACCUGAAGGCCCAGUUGGAGGUUGGCUUUCCUCCUGUCGUGGAACGUUAUACUUCUGCUGUUUCCAUGGUCAAACCUCACAUGGUCAAGGCUGUUUGCACUGAUGGCAAGCUCUUCAACCACUUAGAGACCAUUUGGCGGUUUAGCCCUGGUAUUCCUGCCUAUCCCCGAACUUGCACUGUGGACUUUUCGAUUUCCUUUGAAUUUCGUUCUCUGCUGCACUCCAAGCUGGCCGCCAUGUUUUUUGAUGAGGUUGUCAAAAAGAAUGUCGCUGCUUUCGAGCGCCGGGCAGCAACCAAGUUUGGUCCAGAAACAAUCAUCCCCCGUGAAAUGAUGUUCCAUGAGGUGCACCAGACUUGAGGCAAAGGAUUGUUCCCUAGCCUCUCCUCUCCUCUCCCUUCCCACCCAGUUCUCUUAUUUAUUUCAUUUGGCUCCUGCUCUAAUCUGAGAGAAGAAUCUGUGUUCAUAAUACUAUUCUCCCUCUCAAUUCCCCAGACACUGGGCUCUAAGCUGGCUGGAAAUGCUGGGAGAAAGAAAAGGCAGGGAGGUAUGGAAAGGAGAAAUGCCUUGGAAAUGGUCAGGCUCAUCCUGAGAGCCCUGUAUGCUUGAUGCCUGCAACCUUCUCACACUGAAUUAUAAUCAGGACUACACAGUUAUCUCAGCUCUUGUCAAAGUGCCUUAGUGUGUGACCAGGGAAAGACAGCAACUUUUUAAGGACUGAAUUCAUUGAGCUCUUUCCUCUGACAGAGAGCUGUUGGGUGGUCAAUAACUCUGCCUGCCUGAAAGCCUCAGGAGAUGCCCGAAAUCUGGCCCCAGCUUGAAAUCCAUAUGACCUCACUUUAAGAGUAUUUCCAUGCUGCCUGGAUAGUGGAAAGUGAAGGGCUUUCUUACCACCAGUGCCACAGGGGCAAGGAGCAAAAAACACUGAACAGUUGUACUCUUGGGUUGUACCUUAUUCUUCCACUUGGCCUGAGUUUUUAUAAAAUUUCAAUAAAUAAGUUAUGACAGUGUGAA